AUGUACCGACAUUUCGAGAGUUUUAACACUUCUUUCUUUUCGACUGUCUUUCAUGUUUCCUUUCUGUUGAAUAUAUUUAAUCAAAAAGUGAUUGGCCGUUUGCUGUUUAUACCCGUUCAAAUCAGACAGAAUACAGUCACGUCCGUGAGUGUAUCUGUCAAGUACAUUAUCUAUCUAUCUAUCUAUCUAUCUAUCUAUCUAUCUAUCUAUCUAUCUAUCUAUCACAGUCUAUUACUCGUCUUCUUCUUCUUCUUCAACCUCCUCCUAUUAUUCUUCUUCCUUCUCCUCAUAUUCUGCUUCUUUUCUUUCUUCCUCCUUCUAUUCUUCUUCUUCUUCUUCUUCUUCUUCCUCCUCCUCCUCCUCCUCAUACUAUUCUUCCGCUUCUUCUUUUUCUUUUUCUUCCUCCCCUAUUCUUCUUCUUCUUCUUCUUCUUCAAUUUCUUCUUCUUUUCUUUCUUCUUCCUCCUAUUCUACCUCUUCUUCUUUUUCUUUUUCUUCCUCCCCUAUUCUUCUUCUUCUUCCUCCUAUUUUUCCUCUUCUUCUUCUUUUUCUUUUUCUUCCUCCUCCUAUUCUUCUUAUUCUUCUUCUUCUUCCUAAUCUUCUUCCUCUUCUUUUUUUCUUUUUCUUUAACCUCCUAUUCUUCCUCUUCUUCUUCUUCUUUUUCUUCUUUUUUUCUUCUUCUUCUUUUUUCUUCUUCCUCCUCCUCCACCUCCUAUUCUUCUUCUCCUUCUUCCUCUUCUUCCUUCUCUUCAUAUUCUCUUUCUUCCUCCUCCUCAUAUUCUUCUUCUUUUCUUUCUUCCUCCUCCUCCUAUUCUUCUUUUUCUUUCUUUUCUUCCUCCUCCUAUUCUUCUUCUCUUACUUCCUCUUCUUCCUAUUCUUCUUCAUCUUCCUCCUCCUCCUCCUCCUCCAUCUCCUAUUCUUCUUCUUCAUCAUCCUUCUAUUCUUCUUUUUCUUUUUUUUCCUCCUCCUAAUCUUCUUCUUUUUCCUCCUAUUAUUCCUCUUCUUUUUUCUUCUUCCUCCUCCUCCUCCUCCUAUUCUUCCUCUUCUUCUUCUUCCUCCUGCUCCUCCUCCUCAUCAUCCUCUGCCUAUUCUUCUUCCUCUUCCUCAUCGUCUUCUUCCUCAUAUUCUUCUUCUUUUCUAUAUUCCUCCUCCUCCUAUUAUUCUUCUUUUUCUUCCUCCUCCUAUUCUUCUUCUUCUUCUUCCUCCUCCUCCUCCUAUUCUUCUUCCUCCUCCUCCUCCUCCUCCUCCUAUUUUUCUUCUUCUACUUCUUCUUCUUCUACAACCUGACCCGUUAUCAAAUUCGGCUAGUCAUUAUCCAGCUCUUUGCGUUCUCUUCUUCUCUCUUAUCCAGUUUCGACCUCCAUUUUUUUUUAAAUAUUUUUUUCCUUCUAUCUAUUGUUCUUCAUCAUGCCAUUGUCCUUUUCUUUUGUUAUUUUUGCAAAAAAACGAGAUUGGCAGACGUUUUCAUUCCAUUCUUUAUAUAUUCGCUACUCAGCUAUUUUUUUUAUCAUUCUUCUUCUUAUUUCUUCUUUCUUUUCUUUCUUUCUUUACUUUCUUUCUUUUUUAUUUAUAUAUUUAUUUAUUUAUUUUCUUUCUUUCUUUACUUAUUUUCUUUUUUCUUUCUUUCUUUCUUUCUUUUCUUUCUUUUCUUUCUUUUCUUUGUUUCUUUGUUUCUUUGUUUCUUUCUUUUCUUUCUUUUCUUUGUUUCUUUGUUUCUUUCUUUUUUCUUUAUUUAUUUCUUUAUUUCAUUUCUGUAUUUAUUUUCUUUAUUAAUUUUCUUUCUUUAUAUAUUUUCUUUCUUUCCUUCUUUAUUUAUUUUCUUUCUUUCUUGAUUUAUCUAUUUCUUUCCUUUCUUUGUUUCUUUAUUUCAUUUCUUUCUUUUCUUUGUUUCUUUCUUUAUUUUCUUACUUUAUUUUCUUUCUUUCUUUCUUUCCUUUCUUUCUUUCUUUCUUUAUUUAUUUUCUUUCUUUGUUUUUCUUUCUUUCAUUAUUUUUUCUUUCUUUUUUUCAGGCCUACGAGACACUUCUUAAAGUCCGAUAUGACCUUUUACUUCUUAGCCUCUGCACUAAUACUUCAUGACGACGUGGGCAUCAGUUCAUUUCCAUUCAUUCUAUGCACGGGGGCUCACAGUGCAGGCUUCUUUCAUCAUUCCCUUACGAGCAUAAAAAAAGAUUUGAAACAAAAUUUAAACGAAAAAAAAAAAAGAAAAAAAAAGAAAGGAAAACAGCAAAACAUUCUGAAGAUGUAUUAUCUAUCUAUCUAUCUAUCUAUCUAUCUAUCUAUCUAUCUAUCUAUCUAUCACAAUCAUUUUGUGAUAUCAAUCUACUUAUUUAUGUACUUAUCUAUCUAUCUGCCAGUAAUAUUAAUUUUAUUUGAUUAUCUAUCUAUCUAUCUAUCUAUCUAUCUAUCUAUCUAUCUAUCUAUCUAUCAAAUGCUACCAACAUUCUUCAAGAAUGGCUGGGACGCGGGAAUUACUUGUAUUUUUAACUUGCGGAAGUCACAUGAUACUUUCCCCUCUUCUUCGUCUUCCCCGAGUAACAAUGCAUGGAAGAGUUCUUCUUUCUAUCUUCGUGUCGAUAUUUAUAUUCCCCAUCCUUUUUUUUUUCUUCCCAUAUUUCAUUCUUCUUCUCCUAUACUUAAUUUGCUUCCCUGUUUCUUCUGCAUCCGUUUUAUACGUGCCUAUUCAUUAUCCUUCUUUUUUCUUUCUUUCUUUCUUUCUUUCUUUCUUUCUUUCUUUCUUGUUUGCCUUCCUUCUCUUGUUUCUCUUUCUAUAAUCACCCUUUUUAUUUUUAUUUUUUUUCUCUUCUCAAUAUACUCCUUCUUCCUCUUCGUCAGUCCUUCUUCUUUUUUUUUUUACAUAUUCUCCGUCAUUUUCUUCUCUUCUUUCUCUUCUUUUUCUUUCCCCUUUUCGUAUUAA